CCUCCUCUGGGCUCCAACUCCUCCUGUUCAUGAGUUCCAUUCGUCAGAAAUAAAUCUCCAUUUUUUAUUCUCCAAACUUUUAAUAGGAGUAGUACUGACUACUAAGUAGUAGCAGCAAGAGAAAAAAGGAAGGAGAAAAGAUAAAAGAAAAACCAAGACGCCGCGCACACCACACACACAACACAAUGAGCCGUAAGCGAGACAGGCCAUCUUACUCCUCCCGCCAUAUUCCUUACUCUUUCCCGAAACGACGCCGUCCUCUUCCAUUCCAACAGGACUCCAUAGCCAGCGACUUGGACGACUCCGCCCCUUCCCCCGCCCCCGCGAAGCAGCCCACUACAGUGGUGGUAAUUGGGCUCCCCACCGAUUGCUCAGUUCUGGACCUCAAGUCCCGCUUCGAGAUCUAUGGCUCCAUCUCCCGCACCCGCAUGGACCCCAAUGGUCUCGCUCACAUCACUUUCCGCUCCCAUGACUCAGCUCGGGCCGCCGUCUCCGCCGCUCUCGACCCUUCCUUCGCCAUUACCCUCAUCUCUAAACCAGUGCAAGUAAUGUGGGCUAGUGAUCCAGUGCCACAAUGGAAGGAAGGAGUUGCAAAGAAUGAAGGAACGCCAUCAACAAUAUUGCCGUUGGCAUCGAAGCUAUUGAGGCCUGAGGUGCCUCUUAGUAGGCGUGGGAGAGGUAAUAAGCUGGGCUCUGCUAUUGUGAAUCCGAGAGCUGAGAAUAAUGCCAAUGGUGAUACAAAUGAUAUCGAUAACAGUAAGAAAGUUGGAAUUGGAGAUGAAGGUGGUUCUGGGCUUUUAAAACCUUUCAUGGGCAGAGAAAUUGUUGCCUAUGAUGAUAUUCUGUAAAUUAGUUAGCUGGGUCUUCUUGGGGUGUCUCCUGAUUGUAACAGUAGCAGCAUAGUUUUCGAUUAAAGAAUAGGUUAUCUUUACCAGCAGAGAUUUUGAAUUAGGUUUUGAUGUUAUUGGUGAUUAUGGUUUUCUUCUAGUUGAGUCUCCUUUGCUUCUGCCUUUGUAUCUGUAUGAUUUAAAGAUUUAUGAGGAGACCCCAUUUGUAAUGUAUUCUCUCGUCUAAAUAAGUUGUUCUGUGGAUCUGAAACAUAUUCAAACGCUGUUGAUUUGGUGUUUUUGAA